AAAAAGUAUAAACCAGUCGCCAAGAAGGUCCGAGCGGUCCCUGCGACGUUGCCCAAGGAGUAUAGAAUCCAGCGCAAUAUUGUAGGAGAUCCGCUGGCCGACAUGCCGAUUUUAUCCCCAAUUCCCCCUUCCUUCCAGCCAACCGGACGAUAUUCACAAGAGCGUAGUGAUGCGCUACACAAGGCCCAUCCUAGCAGAUUCCUUAUGGAUGCGGAG